AUGGAUCUAGUGGGCAGCGUCACCCAGAUCGUCAAUAUUGCUCUCCAGAUACAGGAGCUGGUGGAGACGGUUCGCCAGAACAAGGAGGACUGCAAGAAGAUCGCAAUGCGUGUGAAAAGGCUUCGGGCUAUCGUGGAACGCCUUAACAGCACAGACGUCUCCAGCGAGAAAAUUAUGAUCGACGCGCUCAAUGACCUCGAAGAGACGUUCCUUCAGGCCCUCAAGCUUGUCAAGGCCUGCCAGACCAGAAACAAAGUUUGGCUCUUCCUCAGGGCCGGGAACGUCUCCAAACAGCUGCGUGAGGUCAAGGACGAGAUGAUGGACCAUAUGCACAUUGCUAACUUCGGCAACUGCGCCCAGCAAACUGUCAUUAUCACUGAAGCAUUUAUUAGAGAUCCGGCAUCAAACCCAAAGAAGCUUCUCAAAGUGCUGUCGAUGCAAGGGGAGGAAGAAAUCCAUGUGGUUGGUAGCCGUUUGGUAUGCCAGGGCACAGUGAGAGGUGGAGGACGAACAUACCAGUUACCCAACGAUGUUACUAGAUCUGAAAUUCUCGCCGAAAAAGAAAGUAUUCCAGCAGGAAGCUUGGAGGAUACUGUAUCACACUUCAGAAAUUUCAGUUCGUCUGUACUGAAGGCGCUUACAAAAAACUUUUCAAAUCAACACGUGAUUGGCAAAGGUGGUUCUGCUAUCGUUUACAAGGGUGUAUUACCCAAUGGAGAAGAGGUUGCCAUCAAGAAAUUCUGUGUGGAUGCUUCACAAGAUGAACAUGUAGUGCGUUAUGCUGAAGUUUUCUCGGUGUUACGUGAGCAUGAGAAUGUAGUUAAAUUUCUGGGAUAUUGCCACGAAACAAAGAUUCAAAUGGUUCCAGUCGAAGGAAGAUGUGUGGCUGCUGAAAGGCGUCAUAUGUUGGUGGUGGAAGAGUACAUGCCCAACGGAAGCUUGUCCGACAUUAUCGAUGGGUCGUCACGGCCGCUGGACUGGACCUCCGUAUUUCGAAUCAUUCGAGGGAUUGCACAAGGCGUCGCUCACAUCCACACCAAAGGCGCUGUCCACUUGGAUCUUAAACCAGCCAACAUCCUCUUGGAUUCCGUCAUGAACCCGAAGAUCUGUGACUUUGAGAGGUCUAAAAUACUGAAUCAAAAGGAUGAAGAUGUCGCUGAGAGAGUGACGCAAGAGCUGGCGGGAACACUGGGCUAUUUACCUCCGGAAUAUAUUGCAGAUGGUAUUUUUUCAUUUAAACAUGAUGUGUUCAGCUUCGGCAUUCUCCUCCUCCAUACCAUUAGCAAGUCGGGACUUCUGCAAGAUUCAACUGAUUGGAUUAGGCAUGCACUUGAAGGACAAGUCGAUGUGGAGAGCUUAAUAGGUACUUCAUCACGUGACAAGUCCAAGCUAAAGGAGAUAAAAAGUUGCAUGGACAUCGGACUGCAGUGCGCCGCGAAGGAGCGGACAGACAGACCCACCAUGUGGGAGGUUAUUGACAUGCUAGACGGCAAGGAACAACCCCGGAAGACCCCAAUGAGGAAUAAGGCUUCUUCGUUCAAGAAGAAAGGCAGGGCAUGA